AUGGAUCGAAGGGAUCCAGUCCACCCGGGCCAACACUCGGCCUGGACCGAAUCAGAGGUGUCGACGCGCAAGAACUCAGCGGAGUGGCAAACAUCAAGGCCAAACUCCCCCAAGCUGGCACCACUGGACCUGACAUUCAACGACGAGAAGCGCGGCCAUGGUAAGGAGAAGGAUGAGGCUUAUAGCAACUCAAUCACACCGGUGGUCGAGAAGGGCGCCUCCCACGGCCACGGCGAGCAUGGUCACAUCGACAUCAACGACCCCAACAGGCCACGGAUGGCUUUCAAGGCUCGCCUGCACCACUUCACCUGGGCAUGGUACACCCUCACGAUGAGCACGGGCGGUCUCUCGCUGCUCAUCUUCGCCCAGCCUCACCAGUUCCCCGGCCUGAGGCAAAUAGGCACGGUCGUCUACGUUAUCAACAUCAUCCUCUUCGUCCUUGUCUGCUCGGCCAUGCUGGCGAGAUUCUUCCUGUACCCCGGCGACAUGAAGAAGUCGUUGACUCAUGAGCGUGAGGGCUUCUUCUUCCCCACGUUCUUCCUCUCCAUCGCGACGCUCAUCACGAGUACAAACCGAUACGCGAUCCCCGAGAACGACGAGACCCUCGUCUGGGCCAUCCAAGUCGCCUUCUGGGGCUAUGUCAUCGUCACCCUCAUGUUGGCUAUUGGCCAGUACAGCUUCGUCUUCGCCAGGCACAACUUCGGUCUGCAGACCAUGAUGCCCACGUGGAUUCUUCCCAUCUUCCCCAUCAUGCUUUCAGGCACCAUCGCCUCCGUCAUUGCCGAUACUCAACCUGAGAUCGCGGCUGUCCCCAUCGUCGUCGCCGGUCUCACCUGCCAGGGUCUCGGUCUGUCCGUUGCCGUCCUCAUGUACGCCCACAUGGUCGGCCGCCUCAUGUCCGCCGGCCUGCCCAACCGCGAGCACCGCCCCGGUCUGUUCAUGAACGUGGGCCCGCCGGCUUUCACCGCCCUCGCCCUCAUCGGCAUGGCUAACGGACUCCCCAACAACCUCGACCCCGACCGUGAUGGCAUCCUUAUCGAUGUCGGCAUCAUCAGGACCAUCGCCCUCAUGAGCGCCAUCUUCCUCUGGGCUCUCGCCGCCUGGUGGUUCGGCAUCGCCAUCAUCGCGGUCGUCUCGUCCCCUCCUGUCUACUUCCACUUGGGAUGGUGGGCCAUGGUCUUCCCCAACACCGGCUUCACGCUCGCGACAAUCACGAUCGGCAACCAGCUGGGCAACGAAGCCGUUCUAUGGUUCGCCACCGCCAUGUCCCUCGUCCUCCUCGGCACCUACUUCUUCGUCCUCUACCACCACGUCAGAGCCGUCGUCAUCCAAGACAUCAUGUACACCAUGAGAGACGAGGACUACAACGACCACUAA